AUGGUAAGGAAGAAGAAGGAGCGAACAAGAGCUAAAUUUACAGGCGAUCAAAUGACCGCAGCAGUCCAAGAGGUCAAAACAAAUGGGACUUCCCUUCGCAUUGCUGCAGAUAUGUUUGAUGUAAAUUUUGUCACAUUAAGGCGUUAUGUACUAAAGGAACGAAAUGACCCUAAUACUAAAAUGGAGCCGAAUUAUGCUGUUAGAUUAAUAUUUAGCACCGAGCAGGAAAGAUCUUUAUCUGAAUAUAUAAAGACCUGUAGCAAAAUGGCAUUUGGGUUAAAUACUCAAAAAGUAAGAGAGCUGGCAUAUGAAAUGGCGGUCAGAAACAAUAUUAAUAUGCCAGAUACCUGGAGAAGGAAUAAGUGUGCGAGUAAGGAUUGGCUAAGAGCUUUUAUUAAAAGAACUAGGUCCUUAAGUAUUAGAAAGCCAGAAGCUUGCUCUUUAUCCAGGCUUACUUCUUUUACAAAACCUAAUGUCGAAAGGUUUUUCCUACAGCUUCAGAAAAUAUAUGAAGAUAACCCAGAAGUUGUUCAGGAAAUUCAAAUUUAUAAUUUGGACGAAACUGCUACUACGACUGUACAGCGUCCACAUAAAGUAGUUACACAAAAAGGGGUGAAACAGUUGAACCAGUGCACAAGUGCCGAAAGAGGAUUACUAGCCACUACUUGUGCUAUAAUUAGAGCAAACGGAACUUUUCUACCGCCGAUAAUUAUUUUUCCCCGAAAGAAGUUUGUCCCUCAUAUGUUAAAUGGCGCGCCCCCAGGCACAUUAGGACUAGCAAAUCCAAGUGGGUGGAUGACAGCCGAACUGUUUGUUGAGGUGUUAGACCACUUUAUUAAACAUACUGGUGUGACAAAAGAAAGGCCAUGCCUAUUAAUAUAUGAUAACCACGAAUCACAUGUGUCCCUGGAGAUAGCGGAAAAGGCAAAAAACAAUGGAAUCAUUAUCUUAACUCUCCCGUCACAUAUGAGUAACAAGUUGCAGCCUUUAGACAAAGCAGUAUUUUACUCUUUUAAGAACUUUUACAAUGAUGCAAUAGAUUCGUGGCUCCUCACCCACCCAGCCGUACCCAUGACGCUAUAUCAAAUAGCUGAAUGUGUUGGUAUUGCCCACUCAAAAUCAAUGACGCCUGAAAAUAUAUUAAACGGGUUUCGUUCGACGGGUAUCUACCCAUUCAAUAAAAAUAUUUUUAUGGAUGCUGACUUUCUUGUAUCAUCUGUGACUGACAGACCUGAAGACCUUCAAAAAGAGAACCUCCAACAAGGAAUGGUUGUAUUCCAAGAAGAUUUGAAUGAUGAACAAGAUGCCGGCGGCAGCGGCAGCGGCAACGAUACCGCCGUUGCUUCAUGUAGCACAACCGAUACUCAACAGUGUACAGAUGAUAAGGGAGACUCUACUUUGGAAAUAGCGUCGACUACAAAAGAUUAUUUUAUUUCACCAUUUGAGAUACGGGGCUUCCCAAAGGCAGCUCCUCGGAAAAAUUUAAAUCGAACACGAAAAUCUAAGAAAAGUGUCAUUUUAACCAGCACACCAGAAAUGAAAGAACUUUCGUACAAAACAGAAAAUAAGAAAACUCCUAAAACAGAAGCAGUUAAAAAGGUAAAACGAACUAUAAGUGCAGACAAAAAAAAUACAAAGAAAAAAGCAAAACAUGUGAAGAAGAUUCAGAGACGGACACAGAAAGUGUAG